GAGAUGCAGAGAACAGCGCAGCAGGGUUUGGACACAACAGUCUGUAUUCCAUAGUUUCUACUAGAACGCAGGAAUUGUGGGAAAGCGGUUACUUUUCGAUAUAAGUGUUGCCUUCGAUUUGCUGUGGAAUUCGUCCUUCUUGCAGGCUAAGGGACUCAGUAACCUCACCUUUAUUGGUUGCCAUGGCAGCCAAGGCAUCCAAAGGGAAGUGGGAGGCCCUAAAGGAGCACCUGACCAGCAGCCCCCCGGACCCAGAUGCUCACCUAGAGGCCAACUUGGAGAACGCAGAUCCAGAGUUAUGCAUACGACUGCUACAGGUACCCACGGUGGUCAACUACUCAGGGCUGCGGAGGCGUCUGGAGGGGAGUGACCAGGACUGGAUGGUGCAGUUCCUGGAGCUCAAUGGGCUGGAUCUGCUGAUGGAGGCCCUGGAAAGGUUGUCUGGCCGUGGAUGUGCCCGCAUCGCUGAUGCCAUCCUCCAGCUCACCUGUGUGGCCUGUGUGAAGGCAGUGAUGAACUCCUCCGCUGGGCUGCACUUUAUACUGGACAAUGAGGGAUACGUCAGGACCCUGUCACAAGCACUGGACACGUCCAACACCAUGGUGAAGAUGCAGGUGUUUGAGCUGCUGGCAGCCCUCACCAUGUUCAACCCACAGGGACACCACCUGGUCAUGGACGCCCUGGAUCACUAUAAAAGUCUGAAGAUCCACCAGUACCGCUUCAGCGUCAUCAUGAACGAGCUGCAUGCGACGGACAACGUGCCAUAUAUGGUCAUCCUCAUGAGUGUGGUCAACGUGAUCAUCUACAGGGUACAGGACCUGAGGAAGAGGGACAAACUACGCAAAGAGUUCAUCGGACUACAAUUACUGGAUUUACUUCCAAAACUGAGGGAGACGGAUGAUGUGGACCUGAACAUCCAAUGUGAGACCUUUGAGGACACCAUGGCAUAUGAUGAUGCUGAGAUGGAGAGCAUGUACGGAGGUAUUGACAUGAGCAGUCACCAGGAUGUCUUCGCCAUACUCUUCACCAAAGUGAGUAGCUCCCCUGCCUCGAUGCAGUUGCUGUCCAUCCUGCACGCGCUGUUGUUGUUGGGGCCGGAACACAGUGAGGUGUGGCUGGCCCUGGAGGCUCUGGCUGACCGUGCUAGUCUGCUGGCACAGGAACCUGAAGUUGACUCCACCGAGCGCUUGAUGGAACGUCUGGUGUCCUCCAAGGCUCAGCAAGGGUCACCUAAGGUCAAGGUCAAGACCACAGACAGGGGCGUUCAGAUAGACCUGAGAGAAAGAUUGACCGAUCAUUUGGUCGUCCUCGUUAAAGGAUCUACCUCCCCUGUUGCCACUGCACCCACCCCUCCUUCUCCUCCUCCACCACCACCACUACAAGGCAUGGCAGCUUUCGGCACACCCCCACCCCAACCUCCACCCCCACCACUUCUUAGCUUCUCUGGGAUGCAGCCCCCUCCCCCUCCCCCGCCUCUCCCCGGUCUCCCUCCUACCCAACCUCAUCUACCAGGGAUGGGGUAUGGGAGUCCACCGCCUCCCCCACCCCUGCCUGGCAUGGGUCCCCCCACCACCACCCCUACCUGGGAUGGGUCCCCCACCACCACCAGCCCUGCCUGGGAUGGGUCCCCCACCACCACCACCCCUGCCUGGGAUGGGUCCCCCACCCCCACCACCACUGCCUGGUAUGGGCCCUCCACCUCCCCCUGGUGGCGGUGACAUGAUUAUGGCCCAGAGUGUGCAGACGCUGGGCCGAUCCUACUAUGCCCCUCCACCCAAGGCGGGCCGCUGCCCCACACUACGCAUGAAGAAGCUCAACUGGCAGAAGCUGCCAUCCAGAGUGGUGACUGACAGUCACUCCAUGUGGACAUCGGUACAGUCAGAUUCUCUGGAGCCUGACUACUCCAGUAUUGAGGAGCUCUUCUGUCUGCCAGUGACAGAGUCAAAGGCCAAAGGCAGCGCCCCUGCGGUCAAACAGGAGCCCAAAGAG